AUGGCUCCCACACCGAACAAAUACUGCCUGGUGUCGCUGCCUCUCAACGCCUUCGAUUCGGGCGACAAAGAAGAGGCCCUGGAAGCCCUUCAGAAGACUAUCGAAUCCAGCAAUGGCGAAGUCGUUCCCUUCUCAAUUCCAGACUUUAAGAUAGGCACCCUGGAUGCCCUCUACCAACAAGCCGAAAACCUGGGCAAGCUCAACUCAGCAUGCGAGGGGCUGGUGAGCAAGGUCGGCGAUGCGCUGCGCACAUUAAACGACGACGACCAGGAGAAGAUCGCCCAGUAUAAGCUGGUCAAUGAUAAACCGACCGACCAGUACCUCCGCACGUUUAACUGGAACAAGGUGCGCUACCGAGCCGACAAGCCCAUCGGCGAGCUCGUGGACAACUUACAAAAGGAACUCGCCACGAUCGACAACGACAUCAAGGCGAAGUUGAACCAGUACAACCAGAUCAAGACGAGCUAUGCCGCUCUUCAGCGCAAGCAAACCGGAAACCUGGCCACCAAGUCCCUCACCCCCAUCGUCGACCCCUCAAUACUGGUCCAAGACUCGGAAUAUCUCGAGACGCACCUUAUCGUCGUGCCUACCAACGUGAAGAAGGAGUUCUUGCAAAGCUACGAGAGCCUGGCGCCCAUGGUGGUGCCGCGUUCCGCCAUGCAAGUCGCCCAGGACGAUGAGUUCACCCUAUACGCCGUUACGACGUUUAAGAAGCAUAGCCCCGAGUUCCUGCAGAAGGCGCGCGAGGCCAAGUGGACGCCGCGGUCAUACAAGUACGUCGAAGGGGGCAAGGAGGAAGAGCAGAAGGAGCUGGACCGCGUGGGCCGCGAGGAGAAGAAGGUGUGGGGCGAGGCUCUGCGGUUGAGUAGGACCGGCUGGAGCGAAAGCGCCAUGAUCUGGGCCCACGUGCUGACGCUGCGGGUAUUCGUCGAGACGGUGCUCCGAUACGGGCUGCCGCUGGAGUUCAUCAGCGCGCUGACGGCGACGAAACCAAAGCUCAGUGAGAAGGUCAAGACGAAUCUCGACAAGAAGUUUGGACACCUGGGCGGGAAUGCGUUCGGGAAGGACAAGAAGGGAAAUAAUGUCAAGGACGAUGCGGCAUUAUCGUCCGAGAUGGCAGCGGCUGGUAUGGCACAUGGCGAGGGCAACGAGUAUACGGCGUUCGUGUGGUACGAGUUUGAAUUGUAG